AUACAUAUAUAUUGUGUAAUUUAUAUCACAUACACUUAGUAAUGCGUACAUUAUUUCAGUAUAUUUGUUUUUAUUAAUCUCACUGUGACUUCAUACUACAUAUAUGUAAAAUACGCACAUAGAAUAUAUGAUCUGCAUGGACGACCAUAUAUACAUAUAUAUUUUUUUCGAACAUGAUAUGUAAACAACAUGAAAUGUAAAUUUUUUGAUAAUUAAUCGCGCUUUGAAAUGUACACACUUUUACAUGGGUUGUACAAGUAUCUUGUGCAAAAAGAUGAAUAUUUUAUAUUAAUAUUAGGCCUCGAUAAUGCAGGGAAAACGACAUAUUUAGAGGCGGCGAAAACAAAAUUUACAAAGAAUUACAAAGGUAUGAAUCCUUGCAAAAUUACAACAACCGUUGGUUUAAAUAUUGGAAAAAUUGAUAUAGCUGGUGUUCGUUUUAACUUCUGGGAUCUUGGUGGACAAGAGGAACUUCGAUCACUGUGGGAUAAGUAUUAUGCAGAAUCACAUGCUGUCAUUUACAUAGUUGAUUCAUCAGAUCGAGAAAAGAUACCUGAAUCUAAAGAAACUUUUGAUAGAGUUAUAUCGUCAGAACACUUAAUAGGUGUACCACUUUUAGUCCUAGCUAAUAAGCAGGAUGUGCCUGAUUGUAUGGGUGUUAGAGAAGUAAAACCAAUUUUUAAUCAAAAUGCACACCUAAUAGGUAGAAGAGAUUGUAUGGUGAUGCCUGUUUCUGCUUUGAAUGGGGAUGGCAUAGAUGAAGGAAUUCACUGGCUCGUGGAUUGUGUCAAGAGAAACAAUGACGUUCGGCCCCCUCGUAAUCAGAAUGACAAUUGUCUGUCCUAACAAGACAUUCCUGAUUUCUUUCAUAUAAGUUGAUAUAUGAACAGUAUUUUAAUGUAAAAAUUCUGUACAUUUACAUUAGAAACUACAUUUUUACUAAUAAACUUUGUUUUGUAAUCUGUA